UUUCGACGCCAAGCAAAAGUGAGAUAGCAACAUUGAAUUUUAUGUGUGUUAGAAAGAAAAACAGAUAACUCUGAAGUGAGCAGCAUACAAUAUAAUCUCUCUUCAACUAACUUCACACCUUAUGGUGUCUCGCUCUUACACACAGCGCUAUAAUAUCUUCCAUCUCUCAGUGCAUUUUGUGACAGAUAAUAAUUUUGUGCUAUGGCUGCCGGAUUUUGCUGAAAAUAUUUAUUUCAAUCGUAGACUUGUGAGACAAUUGUGCACUCUCCUGCAUCGUAGAUCCACGUAUUGGCUUCAAAAUGAUGUUUACGGGGACUACACAACAGCAGGAUACGCGAUUUAGCGACAAAGAGAAGAAGAUGAUGAAGGUGAUGAAGUUCGGGGACUACGUCAGCAAAAGGGUGGAUAUGUCAAAGGUGAAACUGGAUGUUCUGCGACCGUGGAUUAGUAAGAAAAUCACCGAUUUCUUACACAUUGAGGAUGAUGUCGUUGUGGAGUUUGUUUACAACCAAUUGGAGGAAGAGCGGUUUCCAUGUGGGAAAAAGAUGCAAAUAAACAUGACGGGAUUUCUCAAUGGUAAAAACGCCAGGCAAUUUAUGGAUGAACUAUGGGCUCUUCUUCUCUCAGCGCAGGAGACAGAAACGGGGAUUCCGGAAGAAUUUAUUCAGGCAAAGAAAGAAGAAAUCCUCAAGCGCGAAGCCGAAGCUGAUAAAACCGAAACGCAUGAUGAUGAACGCAAAGACACAGAAGUGAGCAAAGAUGAUGAGAAACCAGGGAAUCCGGCACCAUUGAUUAGUGAUCCAAUGGAGGAGAAACGCAAAUCAGCAAGCUAUACGAAAUCCGUUGAGAAAUCCAAACUAAUCCUUGAGCGUCUUGAGAAAGCAAAAGAAAUGGAAAACAAAAAAUCCCCCGAGAAACCGCCACCCCCUGAGCCAGUAGUACAGCAGCAAUUGGUGGAGAAACCGCGUGAGGAAGAGCCCAAGGAGACUGGAAAGAAGUCCCAAUCUGAUGAUCGUGUGCGUUCUCGUUCGCGAAAUCGCUCACGCUCACGUCGACGCUCUAAAUCCCCGAGGCAAUCGAAAUCCCGGCAGCGGUCCCGCUCGAAACGUCGUUCACGGUCUCGUGGACGUUCCAAAGAUACCGGUAGAUCUCGCAAAAGAUCACCACAGGUCGCAAAAUCCCGCAGGCGGUCGCGAUCGCGCGGUCGAUCAAAUGACUGGGGACGCGAUAGUCGCCGUCGAAGCCGUUCCCGCGAUCGUCGAGACAAGAGACGCUCGCGAUCACGCUCUCGUCGUCGUGAUAGUAACAUUCGCCCACGUGGAGGACGGGGUGCAAGUGACUCACGCCGGGAGCGUCCAAAGUCACGAUCACCACCCAAGAAAUUCCUCGAGAAGCGUGAAAUGUCACGCGAGCGUGUUCCUGAACCCAAAAUGAUACCCAAUGGAUCUGAAGUUAAGCCACAGCAGCUAUCGAAGGUUCAGGCAAAGCUUCUCAAUAUGGCUGAAGGGGGGCGCUUGUCAAAGAGUCGAAGUCGCAGCCUAAAUCGCCGUUCGCUGUCCCCACCCAAAAAAAUCAAAAAGACUUCCCGCUCACGCUCCAGAAGUUCCUCAUCUUCUGCUUCAAGUAAUGCGGCGCCACGAAAGGGGGCUCAGAAGAAAUCGUACGAUAAGCGCGGAAGAGAUUCCCGAAAGCGCUCGUUGUCUCUGUCAUCCAACAGUGCACGCUCCUCUCCGCGCAUGGACUUUGAAAUACACAAGAAGGAGAAUAGCGUCCAGCAGAAGCGACACUACAGAUCCAAUAAGGAUUCAAGUGAGAGCGACUCUGAAGAUCACUACGGGAAGGAUCGCCGGGGUCCACCUGAUAUGGGACAAUUUGGUAGAGAUCGCGGUGGAGAUCGUGGAAAUCGUGGCAAUAGAUCACGAUCCAGGCAGCGAUCGAGACGCAUGAGCCCCGUAGGACGUGACCGUGGACGUCGAAGAUCACCCGAUAGGAGAGAAAUUCAACGUAAGUUUUCUCCGAGAGGACGAGUAAGCCCACCGAGAGGGAGAAGAAGCCGCAGUCCGCGUGUAACCACAUCCAAGGGACGUCCACGAUCGCGUGAUCGAAAAAUGUCACCACCACAACGCAGACUCAGUAUCUCUCCACUUAAGCCAGCACCUGUGAUGUUCCGGAAGGAGAAGGAAGCUCCGCAGCACGCUAUGGCAGCAAUGGUGAAGGUUGACAGAGAGAAGGAAGCCCGGCGAAGUUUCGAGGCAAAGGAGAAAUCGGAGAAAGUUUCAGCAGAGAAAAAAUCCUCGGGGAAGAAAGUUGUGCAAGAGGAGCAGCCACCACCAGCUAAGAAACGCGAUGAGGGCCGCAGGAAGCCCGAACCACUGGCUAAGGAGGAGAAAAUCAAUCGACGUGAAGCUGUGGUGAAGCCCAUGCGUUUUGACGAGGAGGUGCGCCGUCAGGAAAUCAGCAAAGCCAUUGAGAAACCCGAAAAGAUACCAACGUACUCGAGCAGUCUGUCUAGAACACCAUCGCCCUUCCUUCGCUCCUAUGAACGCAAUCCAACUCUCUUUGCUGGUACUCUCGUUGCGGAGCUCGAGGCAAAGCGUAGUGCAAAGAAGUUGCAGCAAAUGCAGCAGCAGGAGCUGAAGAAGGGUCAAAAGGCUCAAAAGAAGAAGAGUGUGAGCUCCAGCGAGGAGACAAGUGAGUCCGAUUCAGAUUCAACUGAUGAGAAAUCACAGAAGCGCAAAAGACGAUCCAAGGGGAAGGCCAAGAAAGCCUCCAAGAGAGCCCCGUCGUCAUCUGAUUCAAGUGAUGACGAAGGAAAUGACGAUGAGGAUGUGUCCAAAGGGAAAUCCAAGGAGAAGGAUGCAGCUGAGUCGAAGAAAAAGGACACAAAGAAGGUGGAAAAGAAGAAAAAAUCCCGUCGUUCAGAAUCCGAGUCCAGCAGUACAGAGAUGAUUGUGGUGAAGAAGAGUCGCAAAGAGGAGAUGCUUGUGGAAAAAUUACGUGCAGAACCCGAAGGGAAGAAGCAAGUGAAGAAGAAGAAGCCCGAAGAAGAUUUCUCGAGUGAUUCAAGUGAAGAAAAGGUCAAGAAGAAGCGCAAGACAAAGAAGAAGGAUAAAGACUUGUCGGGGAUAUCGUCGAGUGGGGAUGACUCCGAUACGGAUACAAAGAAGAAGAAACAUAAGAAGCAUAAGAAACACAACAAGAAGCAUAAAAAACACAAAAAGCACAAGAAGAGCAAGAAGAGGGGUCGAGAUGAUGAUGGUGAUGGAUCAGAUUCGGAUGCAGAUGACGACGAAGAAGGUGUGAUGGUGCCCUUUGUCGGCUCUGGCGGCGCUAUCAAUGAUGAUCUAGAGAAGCAGCUACGUGAGAGGGCUCUAAAGUCAAUGAAGAAGCAAGCUAGCUGCUCAUCGGAUUAAAUUCAGCCAACAUCCCUCUUUUUUUUUUACAAAAGUCUUUAACUUCUACCCCAAAAGGAUCGUGUGUUUUAGAAAAAGAAGUAAAAAGUGUUGUCAAAAUGAUAGUAGAUGACUAAAAAGGAUGUAUGGCGUACUGUGUGUGUACACCGAGGAAUUGAAGAUGAAAAAAAUUGUUGUUAGUAUUCUUUCGAUGAAUAUAUUAGGCAACACAAUGUCCUCGAUACCCUCUUUUCUUCGUUAGGAUAAAGAAAAUUUUAAGCAUCGCAUAAGGAAAAAAAAUAUCCAUUUACUCACAAUACUAUAAACAAAAAAAAACGAGCAUUGCGAAGGACGAGAUGUAACGUACUGAAUUAAAGUUUAAAAAAACUUAUAUUAGGUAUGGAUCCAGCGCAAGCAGAGAAUUAAAAACUAACUCUCUUGUACGCAAUGCCAUCACAUAUAAUUGUAUAAUCAACGUACACAAUAUUUAAAAGAAAAAAAAAAGAAAACAUUUUAGAAGUUAUGAUCUAACUAAAGAAAAAAAACUAUGACAACUUAUUAGUCACCAGUUUAAUUGUAAAAUAGAUAUUAUUGAGCUGAGAGAUGAAAAAGAGUUUAAUUUUCAAUUUUAUUCCCAUUUCUCCAGCUUUUUUUCUAUUUUUUUUCCUCUUUUUUUUUUUAGCUUUUAUGUUAAAACUUAAGACUUGUAAUCAUUUUGUAUGCUUCUUCUUUGUUGUAAUGGUAAACAAAGAGUAUGAGAGUACGAAAGAAAGUUUUACAUAAUUAAUUUUAAUUGAAAAAUAUAAUUUUAGAAAAUCCUUGUAAGGAAACAUAAAAAUUGUACUAAGAUUGUCUAAAGAUCUUGUUAUGAAAGAAGAAAACUAAAUUAUAUACCUACAUAAUUUCAAUUGGAUGAUAUAAUUAGUGUAUUAUUGUAAAAGUAAAUAACGAAUAAAUAAUAAAAUAUAUUAAAAA